GGCAGGGGCCAAUCGACGGCGUCGCCGGGCUUGGCACCGCCCCCCGGCGGCUCCCCACAGGGACGGGCCGGAGCGGCCGCCGCCGCCGCCGGUGCCUGGGUUGGGUGAGCGCUUUGUCCCCCGCCGAAGAUGAACAUCAUGGACUUCAAUGUGAAGAAACUGGCGGCCGAUGCCGGUACCUUCCUGAGCCGCGCCGUGCAGUUCACUGAAGAAAAGCUUGGUCAAGCAGAGAAGACUGAACUGGAUGCUCACCUGGAGAACCUUCUCGGCAAAGCAGAAUGCACAAAACUCUGGACAGAAAAAAUAAUGAAACAAACAGAAGUCUUAUUGCAGCCAAAUCCAAAUGCCAGAAUAGAAGAAUUUGUGUAUGAGAAGCUGGACCGCAAAGCACCAAGUCGCAUGAACAAUCCAGAAUUACUAGGCCAGUAUAUGAUUGAUGCUGGGAAUGAAUUUGGUCCAGGAACAGCCUAUGGAAAUGCACUCAUUAAAUGUGGAGAAACACAAAAGCGAAUUGGGACAGCAGACAGAGAACUCAUUCAAACUUCUGCUAUAAAUUUUCUCACUCCCCUAAGAAACUUUAUUGAAGGAGAUUACAAAACUAUUACUAAAGAACGAAAACUAUUACAAAAUAAAAGACUAGAUUUGGAUGCAGCAAAAACCAGAUUGAAGAAGGCAAAAGUUGCAGAAGCUCGAGCUGCACAACUAAACACCUCUCAGCCUGAAGAGAAUAACAUUAUGGUAAAUGUCUCUUACGUGCUCAACUUGCUGCAUGUAAAAUGGCUAAAGAUAUGGGCUGAGGAAGUGACGAAAUCUGAACAGGAAGUGCGGAUUACUCAGAGUGAAUUUGAUCGUCAAGCGGAGAUUACCAGGCUUCUGCUGGAAGGAAUUAGCAGCACACAUGCACAUCAUCUUCGCUGUCUGAAUGAUUUUGUUGAAGCUCAGAUGACCUAUUAUGCACAAUGUUACCAAUAUAUGUUGGAUCUCCAGAAACAACUUGGAAGCUUUCCAUCUACUUUCCUCUCUAAUAAUAAUCAGUCUUCCUCAACUCCUGUGCAGAGUGUUUCUGCUCCCUCAGUCUUGGCCUCAGCCUCUGCUUCAUUGCCUUCAGUAAGCAAUUCAAUAGUUACUUCAGGCAUCAGUGAACUGAAGUCAUCAAGUGGCAGCAGGAAAGCUAGAGUUCUCUACGAUUAUGAUGCUGCAAACAGCAGUGAAUUAUCACUACUUGCAGAUGAGGUGAUAACAGUGUACAGUAUCCCUGGCAUGGAUUCAGACUGGCUGAUGGGUGAAAGGGGAAAUCAGAAAGGCAAAGUGCCUAUUACUUAUUUAGAACUGCUAAACUAAAUGGUUGGCCUGAAUAAAGACUGUCAAUUAUGGCAACACCAUAUUUAUAUACAAUUAACAUUAUGUAAGCAGGUUUUAAGUGUCUUCCAUAUUAUUGUCUUGAGGGACAAAUACCAGCCAUUAGAAACUGGCUUUUCUGCCAGCAUGGUUGCAUGGUAAAUACUCUAUUGAAACUUAAUGUGUUUAAAGCUUUUACUUCAUGUGCCAAGAACAUGUUUCCUACAGAUUUGUUUCUACUGAAGUUUUCACUAAUACAAGCUCAUACUUUUGAGUAAUCUAGAUUGAAAGCAGGAGGUACUGUUUUCUACUGAAAUUUUUCAUUAAUGGCAAAGCUUUUCUUCACAUAAAAUAAACUUAUUGUGAACUGA